AUGGAUCUGGUACCGACUCCGAGACGGAAGAGGGCCCGCAACGGCCCCCUACCACCCGGCGACCCCUUCAUCAUAGUCACGGAGCCGUCGGCCAAGCUCGACGCCGCUUCGCGAAAGUACAUCCGCAGCCACGUCAUGCGCGGCAAGAACCGCAAACGACGCUCACCGCACGAGAACUUGUCCCUCGGACCAUGGAUCAAGAACGAGAAGACAGACCCCGAUGAUAGCAGCCUCACCUCUCAGACUUCGCCAUCUCCGGUUCCCACCAGGAUUGGGAACGAUUUCGCUACAUUUCCCUUUGUUGUCGACAUGACGCCGUACAUGCGGAAACUCAUCUACCAAUGGUUCUCAAUUAUCAAGGAAGCCAUGUUCCCAGAAAAGGUGUGUAUGCCGCCCAAGAUGGCGCCGUGGGUAGAGUAUUUGGCCUAUGACUCUGCCUACUUCCACUCCAUUCUCUUUUCGAGCCAGGCUUUCAUGGACUAUUCCCGCGAGUCCCGGUUCGGGCCUUACCUUAUUGUCCACUGCAACAACACGAUGAACAGCCUGCGGGAAAACCUCAAUAGCGACCGGGCGACUGCCGACUCCACCCUCGCCGUCGUCCUGGCUCUCACUCUGAUGGCCGAGGUGCUCGGCGAACGCGAGGCGGCCAAGAAGCACAUGGAUGGCCUGUAUCAGCUGGUCGACCUGCGGGGCGGGCUUAAGUCUAUGGUGAAGAGCAAGCAACUGCAGAACAAAAUCUGCCGGUGCGACAUAGGGUACGCCAUGGGCACCGGAAACUCGCCGCUUUUCUUUGCGGGCGGGGAUGAGUAUGAUGAAUACUUUUCCAGCAUUGAGCCCAAAAACCGCAUCGUGGUCCAGAGCAGAUGUCCAUCCCCGCCACCACACAGCGUAGAUGAAGAGCGAUUGAGCAGCGGGGCCAUCUCUCUGGCAAAUGACGGAAAGCUAGCCAACACGUGGCUCGUGCUGGAAGAAUAUUCGCGGUCGGUCAACAUGGCGGUAUCGCUGAAACGCAAGCUCAUGCCCGAUGUGCUGCACGAGACCAUCAUCUCGGCGCAGUACCGACUGCUGGCACUCGACCACGAGGGCGCGCACAAGCACUCGCUCGUCGAAUCCAUGAUGCGCGUCGGCAUGCUCGCCUUCGCCUGCACCACCAUCUUCCAGAUCCGCCUCUACCCGCUCAAGUACAAGAACCUCGCCGGCACGAUGCGCCACUUCAUCAUGCUGGGCAUGGAGGAGCAUGGCGAGGACGAAGAGGAAAAGGAUCCGGCCCUGCUGAGGCUGAAGUUGUGGUUCAUCUUCAUCGCCCACGUCUCUGUCAUCAUCGACCCCGAGGACACGGAGCUGCUAGUGUCGAGCGCCUGUCGGACCCUCAGCGACCUCGGCAUGGCUUCGGCGUCGUGGUCGGUCGUCCGGGAGGUCCUGCUCGAGCACAUGUGGGUCGACUAUAUCCACGGCGAGAAGGGCGAGGCGCUCUUUGCCGAGGUGCGCGCAGCGCCGCGUGCCGAUUCGGUGAACACUAAAGGGUCAUGGUGUAGGCUGUGA